ACCAAAGGCAUAUUUGCAGUGAUCAAGGAGGUGCAUCCACAAAGUGCAACGAAAACAACAAUGAACUUAGCUCGGUCAAUUGUUAAAAAUCAAUCGUGCAAUUGUCGGAAAAUAUAUUCCAUGUAUAGGAGGUGCGUCCACGAUGAACAGGGAACACCAUCAUCCGAUGGGAUGAAUAAAAAAGAAAAGAACAUUGAAAAUUCCUGUUCGAUAGACGACAUGUCAGAGCCAACGAAUUGUUGCAUGUCUGGAUGCGCGAAUUGUGUGUGGAUUCAGUAUGCGGAAAAGUUGAGCGACACGCUUGAAAAGAGCGACGCGAAUCUACAAAAAUUAAUUAUCGAAAAAGUGCAAGACCCUAAUAUGAAAGCGUUCCUCAAGAUGGAACUAAGGUGGAGGAAUCUCAUUAAGUAA